GCGUUGCAGUCGACCACAUUUCCUCGCUCAUUAUCUAUACAUACUGCUAUUUCACAGGAAGACAUACAGAACAAAUUGUAUUAUCACUAUUCUGAUAUCACGCGCGCAUACGUUCGACCAACCAGACCGCAAAAUUGCUCAACUCAAACAGAUUAUCUCGAGAGCUACGAAACACAGAAACCAAAUAUAAGGAUCCAACCCAAAAGAACCAAGAAUCCAAAAUGCCACCAACGAAACAAGAAAUAUCCCUCUUAAUCAACCCCCUCGUUCCUGAAUCUGUCCAACACAACAACCGCAUCCUUUCAAACCUCCACUCCAUAACCUCCUUCCUCCUCGGCCUCUCCGCAGGAAUUCUCGCCCUCCAAUCCUCCACCGGUUUCGCAUUCUACUUCCUCGGUACGGUCACCGUCUCCGGCUUCUUCCACAUCCUUCUUCUGUAUCGAUCUGGCGGAAAGGGUGCUGGGUUAUUCUUUCCGGGUGCUGGGGGUGGAGAGAUUGAGGAUAUUGGUAUAGGUGGGCGGAUAGGGAAGACGCAGGGGAGUGGAAAGGUGCUGAGGAAGGGGGCUUGGAGGGAUGUUUGGUUUGGGGGUGGGGUGCUUGGGGAGGCGCUUUCGGGGUUUAUUUUGGGGUGGUCGGGUCUUGGGGGUGUUUUGAGGUGAUUGCCAUUUAGGGAAAGAAGGGAUAUAGGAGGUUGUUUUUGGUAAUGGGGUUACCUUUGAGGUGGUGGUUUGAGUGGCCCGGGUGGUGUACUAUUAUUACUGGCACUUGGUGUUUUUGACUACGAUACUGGGAUUUAUUGGUUCGAUAAUGAUACUGGUGCCAUGCAUUUUUAUGUGCUUUUCAAUAUAAUCGACUUACCAUGUGGACAUGAACUGCUCGCUCAUCCAGACACAGCGCCAUAGGCCUUUAUCGGCGACGAAACACGAGCAUAGCUACUGUUGGAUAUCUUGGGCAAGUGAUAGUAGAGCGCCUUGUUAUCGAAUAUUGAUAAGUGAAUAUACUAG